UCACACUGCAUGUUUUGCCUUUCGGUGUACACAGAUUAUAGCGGGACUUUAUUUUACUACUGUUAUUAUUAAUAUGACGCCAGGAUGGAUUGGCUCAACAGCACCGGACUGGACACGGUCAUCCAGCUAAACGCGUCCGACGGCUACUCAUCGGCGGCCGUCGCCAGCAUCGCCGCCCUCGUAAGUUUCCUCAUCUUGUUCACUGUGGUGGGCAAUGUGCUGGUGGUGAUCGCCGUGCUGACAAGCCGGGCGCUCAAAGCCCCCCAGAACCUGUUCCUGGUCUCCCUGGCCACGGCCGACAUCCUGGUGGCCACUCUGGUGAUGCCGUUCAGUCUCGCCAAUGAACUCAUGGGCUACUGGUAUUUUGGCAAAGUUUGGUGCGGGAUCUAUUUGGCGUUGGACGUUCUUUUUUGCACGUCCUCCAUCGUGCAUCUGUGCGCAAUAAGCCUGGAUCGCUACUGGUCCGUCACGCAAGCGGUUCAGUAUAAUUUAAAGCGGACUCCCAAGCGGGUUAAGUGCAUCAUCUUAAUUGUGUGGCUCAUAUCUGCUUUGAUUUCCUCUCCACCGUUGUUGUCUAUGGAGAGGAACAAGGAGAGAAGCGCUCAGCCCCAGUGUGAGCUCAAUGACGACAGUUGGUAUAUCAUUUCCUCCAGCGUAGCUUCCUUCUUCGCCCCUUGCCUCAUCAUGAUCCUGGUCUACGUCAGGAUUUACCAGGUGGCCAAAACCAGAACCAGGAGCAUGUCGGAGAAGAGGCGGCCGGACAGCGGGGUCGUUCAAACAGAGAACGGGCACUGCCAGUGUCCGCCCACCCCGAGUCACCGGACAGCCACUCAGGGGCAACACACGGAGGAAGCCGACCUGGACGACAGUUCAUCAUCAGAGGGGAAAGGCGGAAGGAGGCAACCAGAAUGCCCUCAAGGGAACCCCAAGACGAGCUCCUUGACCAAAGAGGCCGCGUGCGACUCCAGAGUCAGCAACAAAGCCAUGGACCUUUUUGCCUCCAGGAAGAAACGGAGGAGCUCCAUUGCGCUGAAGAAGCUCUCUCAAGCCCGGGAGAAGAGGUUCACUUUUGUCCUCGCUGUGGUCAUGGGGGUGUUUGUCGUGUGCUGGUUCCCGUUCUUCUUCAGCUACAGUCUUUACGGCGUGUGCAGAGACUCUUGCAAGAUUCCAGAUCCACUCUUUAAGUUCUUCUUCUGGAUCGGGUACUGCAACAGCUCCCUCAACCCGGCUAUAUACACCAUCUUUAACCGUGACUUCAGGCGUGCCUUCCACAGGAUCUUGUGCAAGUCGUGGAAAAAGUCCUUUUAGGGUGGCAACCUGAAAGCUCAUGUUUCCAGUUGAAGUCCUGGGUUCCAAUUUUUCCCAGACCCCAUCUUCAAGUUCUGCUCCUUAUGGCCCAUCUAUACCAUCUUCAACCGUAACUUCAGACAGGCCUUCCAGAGUGUCACAGGCAGUUUGUGGAAAAAGUAUAUUUUUGCGAGGCAACCUAAAAUCUUUCCGUUUUAAGUCCAGUCCACAUCAUUUCCAGACCCCCUCUUCAAGUUCUGCUCCCCAACCCAGACAUCUACACCAUCUUCAACUGCAACUUCAGGCAGGCAACCUGAAAUCUCAGAAGUUUGGAGUUUCAAGUCACAGUUCCUGACCUUCCUC